GCGGGUGUGGGGCCCAGGGCGGGUUCCAGAGCCCCGGUCUCCGAGGCUCUGUUUGGGGGUAGCUUUCCCGGCGGGGGCUAGUAGCUGCAUCCAAAGGAGAUGCUUUGGUCCUAGGGUUAGGCCCCAACGGACCCGGUGCGAGAGACACUUUGCCCCGAGUUAGUUUGCCUUUUACUUUCCCCAGCUUUUUCUUUAGUUAUUUGCAAUAGGAUGACUGUUUACAGUCGUCGCACUAAUACACUAGGGUUUUUGUUUGUUUUUCCAAUCUCUCUCCUUAUUCUUUAAUGCAGGUAUCGUUAUGGGGUUUGGCUGAAGACCCCCCAUUUCAAAGCCUGAACUUUAGAUCCUUUCCUUAACUUGAGAGAAUGGCUUGAGGCCUUUUUUUACUCACGGUUUUAAAAGAAAUGUACCAAGGAUGAGAACGUAUGAGGUGCUUCAAUUCUAUAAGCAGGUUACCAUGUUUUAUUUACGUUGUAGGUUCUGGUUAUCAGGAGAUACUGGAAUGAGUUAUCCUUACCGGCAUGGAGCUCACAGUGUGAUUUAACUGCUACAAAUAUUUUGAAAUGAUAACAUAAAAAUAAGACUAGUUAUGCAUAUAAGGUCGUCUUUGGCAACUGUCUAAUACAAAUGUCAGGAAAUUUCAGAGUUAGCUUUUACUAAAGCCAUUACCUAGCUACAUUUCACACUCAGAAAUGAUCCACGUCUCUUCUUAGCUUCCCCAGGAACUAUGACCGAUGUAAGUAGGAGUACCAGCAGAAAAUGUCCACUGAAAGGACUUCUUGGACAAGCUUGUCCACUAUUCAGAAAAUAGCCCUGGGCCUCGGGAUCCCAGCCAGUGCAACAAUUGCCUAUAUCCUAUACCGCAGGUAUAGGGAAAGCAGAGAAGAGCGGCUAACAUUUGUUGGGGAAGAUGACAUCGAGAUAGAGAUGCGGGUUCCCCAGGAGGCUGUGAAGCUCAUCAUUGGCCGGCAAGGAGCCAAUAUUAAACAGCUGCGGAAACAGACAGGUGCUCGGAUUGAUGUGGACACGGAAAAUGUAGGCGAUGAGCGAGUGCUUCUUAUCAGUGGUUUUCCUGUUCAGGUGUGCAAGGCCAAAGCAGCAAUUCAUCAGAUCCUGACAGAGAAUACCCUGGUGUCUGAGCAACUCUCAGUUCCCCAGAGAUCUGUGGGCAGAAUCAUAGGGAGAGGCGGUGAGACGAUUCGUUCUAUCUGUAAGGCCUCUGGAGCCAAGAUUACCUGUGACAGAGAAUCAGAGGGGACAUUACUACUAUCAAGACUUAUAAAAAUCUCAGGAACACAGAAGGAAGUGACAGCAGCUAAGCAUUUGAUACUGGAGAAAGUUUCAGAAGAUGAAGAACUUCGGAAGAGAAUUGCCCACUCUGUAGAAACCAGAGUCCCACGCAAGCAGCCAAUCAGUGUGAGAAGAGAGGAAAUGACAGAUCCAGGUGAUGCUGGAGAGCCAACUUUAUGGAAUAGCACCAGUUCUAGCAUGGAGCAGGCCACACCCCUGGUGGUUCUUCCUUGCAAAGGAGGCGGCGACAUGGCUGCGGUAGGACCAAAAGAAGGUUCCUGGGAGAAACCUAAUGAUGACAGCAUUCGAAAGUCUGGAGCUCAGGCCAGUUCAGAGAUGUCCAUGUUUGAAAUUCCCAGUCCUGACUUCAGUUUUCAUGCUGAUGAGUACCUAGAAGUCUAUGUCUCUGCUUCUGAACACCCUAACCACUUCUGGAUCCAAAUCAUUGGCUUCCGCAGCCUGCAAUUGGAUAAGCUUGUCAGUGAGAUGACCCAGUACUAUGAGAAUAGUCUGCCUCAAGACUUGAUUGUGCACGUAGGAGACAUUGUAGCAGCACCUUUACCUACAAACGGUUCCUGGUAUCGAGCCCAAGUACUUGGGACCUUGGAAAAUGGGAACUUAGACCUCUACUUUGUUGACUUUGGAGAUAAUGGAGAUUGCCCACUAAAGGACCUCAGGGCUCUCAGGAGUGACUUCCUAAGCCUUCCAUUUCAAGCAAUAGAGUGUAGUCUGGCACGGAUUGCCCCCUCAGGUGAACAAUGGGAAGAGGAAGCUUUGGAUGAGUUUGAGAGACUCACUCACUGUGCUGAUUGGAAGCCCUUGGUGGCCAAGAUCUCUAGCUACGUCCACACUGGCAUCUCAACCUGGCCAAAGAUUUACUUAUAUGAUACUAGCAGUGGAAAGAAACUUGAUAUUGGGCUAGAAUUAGUUCGUAAAGGAUAUGCAAUUGAGCUUCCUGAAGACAUGGAAGAAAACAGAACUGUCCAAGACAUGUUGAGAGAUGUGGCCACAGAAACUAAUGCCUCUCUCAGCAGCAUGCUCAAUGAGACCAAAAAGAGUCCUGGAGAGAUAACACAUACUCCGUCCUGCCUCAGCUUAUCAGAAGCUGCCUCUGUGUCUGGUGAUGAUAACCUUGAAGAUGACCACUUACUCUGAAGUCUGGGCUGCAGCUGGCUCAGCCGUCUGCUUUGCUGUGAUUUGGCACAGGAUUUGGUACCUGGAGAGAGGAGUCUAUGAUAAGGAGAUCCAUGCAGUUCUUCCUUUAUUACACAAAUGGUCUGGCUUGCUGUGGACCAAAUCCAUUUUCUCCUUCCCUUGGACUACCAGAAAGAAUAUGGGGCAGAGGGAAACAAGUACUUCUCCCUCACUCCAACCCCUUACUUCUCCCCCGCCCUCCAGUGUUUGAAUACUGCUGUGUUACUUCCAGGCUGUUCAAUGUCAGGCUCAAUCUCCUCUGCCAGUCAUGCACAUUACUGCUAGGCUGUGUCCUUUUUGAGCCUAGGAAACAGCCAGGGUUUGGUCACUGGAAGUGAUGAUUCUGCAGACUUCUGACUCACCUCAUCAGGUGAUUCUGAUUAAAAGAAGUGUUUGAAUGGUGAACUCAAAGAUUGGGAACUCAGUUGAGUCAAGACGGAAAGGAAAAACCAGCAUAAUUAUAUUAAAAAGCCUCAGGAAGUGGGAAGAGAAUACCGCCUCCCAGCCUUAAUUGCUGAUGUUAUUGGAGACAGGUUUUUGAAACAGUGCUGUGGUUAUUUUUCUGUAAACUUUAAAGUGCAAGUAGAAAAGGAGAGGAGGCAGCUCAGGAAAUACUCUAAAUUGCUAGUAUGGUAUCUAUAAUGUACGUGUAUUCAUACAUCCAAAGAGAAAAGAACAUAUAUAGUUCUGUUUAAAUCAUUUGGGGGAUUCUUUGAAUAAAGUUCUCAAGAAAAUUAUA